CUGAUGUUGAUCUUGCAAAUUCUGAGGCGCUAAAAUCUGCGCGAAAAGUUGAUCCGUUGGGUCUGCGAACAAUUGGUGUGGUGACUAAAAUGGAUCUGGUGGAGCCCGAAAAUGGAGCCGCAAUUUUACGUAACACCGACUAUCCUUUGCAUUUGGGUUAUAUCGGGGUCGUCUGUAAGCCUCCCGCGAAGAGGAACAAUCAAAAGAACAUUUCAGCGGCUUUAAUGCAACAUGAGGAAGAAUUUUUCCGGAGCAAUUAUAUUUAUAGUCAGCGAGGUGUUCAAGUUGGUACUGGAAACUUGCGAAGGAAGUUAAUGGAAGUUCUAGAGGAAAGUAUGGCCAAAUCCUUAUUCUCAAUUGUUGGAGCUGUUCAGUUGGAAUUAGAAGAAGCGCGUUAUCAAUUCAAAGUACAAUAUAAUGACAGACGAAUCACAGCCGAAUCUUAUGUCGCAGAAACAAUUGAUAGCAUUAAACAUAAUUUCAAGGAUUUUUCACACUCUUUUGGGAAACCUCAAGUAAGACAUGAAGUUAGAACCAUGUUGGAACAACGAGUGUUGGAUCUAUGUGCUGAGUUGUACUGGACUGACAACAAGAUUAUGGAUUUGCAAAAAGCAUCAGCCGAUGACCUCUACUGGCAAUACAAGCUUGACAUGAUAUCCGCUGCUCUCACUAAAAGUGGGAUUGGUCGAACAAGCACUCAAUUGGUGGUAGACGUAUUGAUGGCAAAUAUGGAGAAAUUGGCAUCAAUGGAUCCGUUAAAUAAUCAUCCGGGCAAUAUUGCUUAUUGUCUG